AGCCGAGUCAGAGCGGAGACCAGAGAGAGAGAGAGGAGCCAAACACUCAGGAGAAGGAGGACGUCUAAGAAGCUGGCAAUCUACAUUUUACAUUUUAGUCAUUUAGCAGACGCUCUUAUCCAGAGCGACUUACAGUUAGUGAGUGCAUACAUUUUUCAUACUCUAGCACAAAGAAACGAGAAGUCUGACAAAAGGAAUGAACAUAACAAGUAAGAAUCACAGAGAGGUGGAGAAACUCCAGUUAACGUCUCCACACAACGUCAAGGUGGAGAAAUCAGACAAGAAAAGUUCCAAAUACUGGGAGGGGGAGCUUCCAAAGCAAACUACAAAGGAAAAGCCAAGGUCGUCUAGUAUGGCUGGGCAAGUAUCCAAGAGCUCAGCACAGCGACUCAGCCGAGACCUGACCUGUUCUAUCUGCCUGGAUCUCUUCAAGCAUCCUGUCUCCCUGCCCUGCGACCACACCUUCUGCCAGGCAUGUAUCGCUGGCUACUGGACGGGCCCCAGAGGCCAGGUCCAGGGGGGGUCCGGAUCCUGUCCCCAGUGCAGGAAGGCGUUCCCUGGCCAGAGCUACCGGCCCAACCGCAUCGUGGCUAACAUAGUGGAGAGCUACUGCCAGGGCAUGGAAGAGAGUGAGGGACUGCUGGGGGACGUGGGGGUACCAGAGAGGAGCCCUGCCCCUGCUCCUGCCCCACGCUGUGGCCGGCACCGAGAGGAGCUGAAGCUCUACUGUGAGGAGGACCAAGAGCUUUUGUGUCUGGUGUGUGGACUCUCUCAGGAGCACCGGAACCACACCAUGGUGUGUGUGCAAGAGGCACAGCAGAGAUACAGGGCGUCUCUCAACAGUUCCAUGGACUCUCUGAAAGGGGAGCUGAACACGGCCCUGCAAUGUGAGAGAGAGACUGAGGACGAGGUCAAGAAGCUCAAGGAGCACACGGCAGACCUGAAGCAGCGCAUCGAGGCCCUGUUCAGCGACCUGCACCAGUUCCUGUACCAGGAAGAGAAGCUGCUUCAGGUGAAGCUGAAGACAGAGGAGCGCAGGGAGCUGAUCAGGCUGGACGAACACAAGGCCCUGCUCUGUGUGGAGGUCUGCCGUCUGCAGAGGGCCCUGAAUGAGAUCGAGGACAAGCUGAGAGAGCAGGACACCUUUACAUUGCUGCGGAAUAUCAAGACCCUGCUCCAGAGGCCGUCACCCAAGUUUGAGAAGCCUACUCUCACGGCUCCCAGUCUGUGUGAGGGUCGGUUCGCAGGGCCCCUGCAGUACCGAGUGUGGAAAUCACUGAAAGGAAGCAUCUACCCAGUUCCGGCCGCCAUCACCUUCAACUCGAGCACGGCCAACCCCUGGCUUAGCCUGACCUCCUCCCUCACCUGUGUCCGCUACCAGACCUUCAACCACUCUGUCCAGGACAACCCCAACCGCUUCAAUGCUGCAUUGUCCCUGUUGGGCAGUCAGGGCUUCACUCAUGGCCGCCACUAUUGGGAGAUCGAGGUCUACAGCAGCACUGUGUGGACCGUGGGUGUGGCUAGAGAGACUGUAUCGAGGAAGGGAGUAAUCAAUGCCUUGCCAGCCAAUGGCUUCUGGACCCUGUCCCUGUCCUAUGGAAUACAGUACAUGGCCUGUACAUCGCCCCCUACUGUGCUGUCACUGGAGGAGCCUCUGGCUAGGAUAGGGGUAUAUCUGGAUUAUAAGAGGGGUCUGGUGUCUUUCUACAAUGCAGAGAGCAUGACACAUCUCUAUACAUUCUGUGAAACCUUCACAGAGACGUUGUAUCCCUACUUCAAUCUGGGAUUCCUGGAUAAAGUGCAUGAGAAUGAGCCCCUCAAAGUCUUCCUUCCCAAAAUCUGACAGCCGCGGCACGUAUCUAUACCCCGCAAAGAGUCGAGCCUUACACUGGUGUGGUGCUAAAAUGCCCUCAAAAUAUAACUGUCAGAUAAUAAGAUACGUAAAAAAACAACUGACACAAAAUACUACGGUCAUAUUGUUUUGAGAUGUUAGAAAGAGUAAGUAGUACAUUUUAAAACUGUCAUCUUGAUGUGGGCCAGAGCUUCACCAUCAAGGUUUGUUAAAUGUUUUUGUUAUCAUUCUUAUGUAUGCGCAAUAACCUUUUGCAGUAUUACAGCGUAAAUUGUACCUGACUGCCGUAAACGGAAUGAUGAAUACAAAAUUGCCUUAUCGUGUACAAUGUACAGCAGUUCAGUAUUUUGAGACAAAAAUGCGCCAACAAUUUGAAUAAGUAAUUUUCAAUGCAUAAUCAUAAUGUAUUUAUGAAUUUUGGAUAUCAUCAGAAUUUCAAACGUACACCUCACGAUACCGUUCAAAAUAAAUAACAAUUCGUUUUGUGUCUGUGUUGAAAUAGAACCUGUUAUUUGAUCUGCACAGUCUCAGCAGAAACAGUAACAGGCAUAAACACACUUCUGCAUGGUGGAUUUGUGCAUAUCAGAGCACAGGAAAGAGGAAACUCACUAAGAGGUCAUUUGAAGAGAGUUUUCUGUGUGGUUGUGUCACUCUUUCUUCCUGUGAUCCAUUUGGCUUAGCCUACAGUACAUUGAACCGAGCUGAGUUAUGAGUCAAAAUGGAUGGACCAUUUCCUAGAAAUCCCUGAUAAACCUCUCUAUCAGCAUCCAGGAGCGGUAACGGAGAUGGGUUGGUAACACGGUCCGCAGAACAUCACAAGACAUUCAUAAAAUGGAAGCCUGCAACGCAGCAGAGGUUCUAACACAACAACUGGUG